AUGGACGGCGGAUACAACAGUUACGGCGGCGGCGGCGGCGGCUUCAUGCCUGGCGAGACGAACAGUCCCUCGGGAGCCAAGACUGGUGACCGCGACAACAAGACUCUCCGUCCUGUGACAGUGAAGCAAAUCAUGGACGCCCAACAACCCUACCCCGAAGCCGCGUUCCAGAUUGACAACGCCGACGUAGCCAAUGUCCUCUUCAUUGGCCAAGUCCGCAACAUCAGUGCGCAAAGCACCAAUGUCACAUACAGGAUCGACGAUGGCACGGGUGAUAUUGAAGUCAAGAAGUGGAUCGACUCGACAACCGCCGACAACAUGGACACCGAUGAGGGGAAGGCGCCCGGUGAUGGAAAAUCAGAGGUGGAGAUCAAUGGCUACGCCCGUGUCUUUGGCUCCAUCAAGUCUUUUGGAAACAAGCGCUACAUCGGUGCUCACAGCGUUCGGCCUUUGGCACAGAUCGAUGAGCUGCAUUGUCAUUUGCUCGAGGCUACUGCCGUGCACUUGUUUUUCACCCGUGGCCCGCCUGGCGGCGGCGGCGCAUCUGCCGCCGGUGCUGGCGGAGAUGCAGUGAUGGGCGGCGCGGAAGAAUAUGGCGCUGGCCAGAACAAGGCCCUGGCCACAAUGUCACCGGUCGCCAGGAAGGUUUAUACUCUGCUGAAGAGCGAGGCGCAAGGUGAGAGUGGUCUACACUUGCAGGAUAUCGCGGCGAAGUUGAAUAUGCCUGCUGGGGAUGUUGCCAGGGCUGGUGACGAACUACUCGGUGCUGGUGUGAUCUUUUCUACUCUGGAUGAACAGACAUGGGCUAUCCUGGAGUAUUAG